AUGGGUCAGCUGCAGCUCUGGCUUGCUGUCCUGGCCGGGAUCUUGGGGAUCGUGGCCCAGGAAGACCUGUACCGAAAGGUAUUCGUCUUCCGGAAGGACCCCAGUGAUGCCUAUGUGUUGCUGAGGGCCAAGCUCGAGCAGCCGCUGCAGAACUUCACCGUGUGCCUGCGGUCCUACACUGACCUGACCCGGCCCCACAGCCUCUUCUCCUAUGCCACCAAGGCGCAGGACAAUGAGAUCCUCCUCUUCAAGCCCAAGCCCAGCGAGUACCGACUCUACGUGGGGGGCAAGUUUGUCACCUUCCGCGUCCCCGAGGGCCACGGGGACUGGGAGCAUGUCUGCGCUAGCUGGGAGUCGGCCACGGGGGUUGCUGAGUUUUGGCUCAAUGGGAAGCCCUGGCCCCGCAAGGGGCUGCAGAGGGGCUACAUGGUGGGGGCGGAGGCAGCCAUUCUGCUGGGGCAGGAGCAGGACGCCUUCGGGGGUGGCUUCGACGUCUACAACUCCUUCUCGGGCGAGCUGGCCGACGUCUACCUGUGGGAUGCGGGGCUGUCCCCAGACAAGAUGCGAGCUGCCUACCAAUCCCUACGCCUGCCGCCCGCCAUCCUGGCCUGGAAGAACCUGAGCUACGAGGUGAAAGGUGAUGUGGUAGUGAAACCCCGGCUCCGGGAGGUGCUGGGUCCAUGA